GACCCUCGGAACACCUCACAAUUCCCAAAGUAAAAGCCCAUCUACUGUACUGUACUUUUUGCAAUGGCUUUUUCUCACCCUACUAUCUCCAACGACAAGUGGGCAGCUGUGGCUGGUACUGCCUUUGCUGGCAUUGCCACAGGAUGCCUUACGUUUGUAAGCUUUGUGGAUGCGCGCAGUUUUCUUACUCAUGUGGACAAGAAUGAAAACGAUCUGAUCCAACGACAUUUCCCCGUGUGGUGGCCCAAUGGUCGUGAUCUCAUGGUGCCAGUCCUCUUGAGUGGCGCGGCAUCCAAUACGUUGGCCUAUCUGCGAACAAACCACGUGCAUUUUGCUAUUACCGCGGGGCUGUUGGGUUUGAUUGGUCCCUACACCGCCAUUAUUUUGGGCGAAGAUAUUGAAGCUCUGCGCCAAUCCGAUCUGAAAGAAGUGGGAGAGACGGCCCGAAGCUUCUGCAAUCUACAUCACCCCAGGCUCAUUGCUGCGGCUGCUGGCUUUGGAUUGGCCUUGGUGGCACUGGCAGAUCUUUGAUUGAUGUAUACCAGUAGCGGUACCGUUAGAACGCGAAUGAAUCGAAUCGAAUCUUUUAGUUUCUAAAAGGCCGCUCUCUACCCAAGGGACUAAAGUAGCGACUAAAGGUUUCCUUUAGGUGGUUGUUUAGUUCAAGAUUUAGUCAUUAUCCUUUAG